AUGGUUCACGUCAGUUUUUACCGCAACUAUGGGAAGACAUUUAAGAAGCCUCGCCGUCCAUACGAGAAGGAGCGUUUGGAUGCAGAGCUGAAGCUUGUUGGUGAAUACGGGCUCCGAUGCAAGAGAGAGCUCUGGAGGGUGCAGUAUGCAUUGAGUCGUAUUCGUAAUGCUGCUAGAAAUCUUCUCACCCUUGAUGAGAAAGACCCCCGUCGUAUCUUUGAGGGUGAAGCCCUUUUACGCAGGAUGAACAGGUACGGGCUUUUGGAUGAGAGCCAGAAUAAGCUCGAUUAUGUCUUGGCACUUACUGUGGAGAACUUCCUUGAACGCCGCCUCCAAACACUUGUGUUCAAGGCUGGUAUGGCCAAGUCAAUUCAUCAUGCCCGUGUGCUCAUCAGGCAGAGGCAUAUCAGGGUUGGGAGGCAGGUGGUUAAUGUGCCAUCCUUCAUGGUGCGAGUCGACUCACAGAAGCACGUCGACUUCUCCCUCACUAGUCCUUUUGGUGGUGGUCGACCUGGAAGAGUGAAGCGAAAGAACCAGAAAGCUGCUGCAAAGAAGGCAUCUGGUGGCGAUGGUGAUGAAGAAGACGAAGAUUAA